CUAUACAAAAAGAGAAUGAAAUUGCAUAGUGAAAGCCCUAUCCAGAUUACCUUGCGGAGAGCUAGAAAACCUACUGAGGGAGAAGUGGGGCAGAACACAGAAGAUGGAACCCUGGGGAGCUGGUUCAAAAUCACGAUUCCUGAUGGGAUGAAGUAUGACAAAAUAUGGCUAAUGAAUUCAAUCCAGAGCCAUUGCAGUGUCCCUUUCACUCCAGUGGAUUUCAACUAUGCAAACAACUGGGCCCGGUUCUUUGUCCAGGGUGCUAGCGCUGCCUCUGCAUUGAAGGAUGUCAGCUAUAAGAUUUGUGAUGAGGAGAACCAAAAGAUACCUAUCUUUGUCAGUACUUCUGCUGUACCCUACUCUGUGCGGGAUAAGUUGGAGCCAAAGGAAAUGGAGCAGCUAAAGCUGACCAUGAACAUGCGAUAUGAUCCCUCCCAGAAAGCUCUUGACCUCCAGAUGUUCCGCUUUGACCCAGACUUGGUGGGCCUUGAUAUUGAUAUAAUCCUGAAUCGAAGAAACUGCAUGGCUGCCACCCUGCAGAUCAUCAAAGAGAAUUUCCCUGAGCUGUUGUCCUUGAACUUGCUCAGCAACAAACUGUACCAGCUGAAUGGCCUGUCUGACCUUAUACAGAUGGCCCCCACAGUCAAGAUCCUGAACCUCUCUAAAAAUCAGCUGGGCUCUACCCAGGAGUUGGUCAAAAUGAAAGGCCUGAAGCUCGAAGAGCUGGGGCUGCAAGGGAACCCCUUGUGCAUCACCUUCCCAGACCAGUCCACCUACAUAAGUGCCAUCAAGAACUGUUUCCCCAAGUUGUUAUGCCUGGAUGGCCAGGAGUUACCUCCACCAAUUAUCAUUGACAAUGACGGACCCUACUUACCAAAACCUUGCAAGGAAAGCUAUAAAGGAUCUGAGUCACUGAAGAGUCUAGUCAUCCAGUUCCUGCAAGAAUACUACUUUAUUUAUGACUCUGGAGACCGACAGGGUCUCCUUGCUGCUUAUCACGACGAGGCCUGCUUCUCCCUGACCAUUCCCUUCAACCCUGAGGAUCCAGCCCUAAGCAGCUUGUUUGAGUACUUCAAGGAUAACAGGAAUAUGAAGAACCUCAAGGACCCCUACCUGCGGGUUCAGCUGCUGAAGCAUACAAAACGUGACAUUGUGUGCUCCCUCUGUGUGUUGCCCAAAACUCAGCAUGACCUCCUCUCCUUUGUGGUGGACAUGUGGUUCCAGACGGAAAGGAUGCUCUGCUUCUCUGUCAACGGGGUGUUCAAGGAAGUGGAAGUAAAGUCUCAAGGUUCUGUGCGUGCCUUCACCAGGACCUUCAUCGCUAUUCCUGCCAGCAGUUCCGGUGUAUAUAUUCUGAAUGAUGAGCUGUUUGUGAGGGACGAUCCCAAUGAGACUCAGAGUGCGUUCUCCAUCAGAGUGCCCACAGCUAUCUCCAGCUCUGGGCCCAGCCUCUCCCAGCAGCAGCAGGAAAUGGUGCAGGCUUUCUCUACUGAGUCUGGGAUGAGCCUCCAGUGAACUCAGAAGUGA